GAACGGAAGGUUUCUGCUAACUCAAAUCGUAAUGUUUUCAACCAGCCUUCAAAAGGCAGAUGCUGCUAGGGGAGCUUGUCGGAAAUGUGGCUAUAGUGGCCACUUGACUUUCCAGUGCAGGAAUUUCAUCAAAGCUGACCCAAAAAGAGACAUUGUACUUGAUGUCAGCAGCACGAGUUCAGAAUCCAGUGACCAUGGUGAUGCUGAGUUUAUCUCUCCGCUUCGGAGGCUUGCCAAAGAAGAAACGAAGCAAACAGAAAAGAAGUUGAAAUCUAAGAAAGAACGACAGCAGAAACACAGAUCAAGGUCGCGUUCCCCAGUCUCCAAAAAACGGAAAAAGAAAAAACACAAACGUGACUUGAGCAGUGAGACAGACACUGAUAGUGAUAGUGACUCCGAGUCAGACUCGGACAUCAGAUCAAAGAGAAAGAAGAGCAGAAAGAGAGAUGCUUCAGAUUCUGAUGUAAAAAAACGAAAGCAAAAACACAAGAAAAGGGAGUAUAGUGAUAGUGACUCGGACUCUGAUUCUAGUUAUGAAAGAAGACGCCAUAAGAAGAGCAAGAAGAGGCAUAAACACAAACACAAAAAAGAUAGAUCCUGAUCGGAAACUUUGUGUUUUGUUGCAUAAUGUCGCAAGUUCCUUGUAAUUUGGAAGCAUUGUCUCACUCCACUGUUGUUCUUAUUGCAUAGGAUGUGAACUGAAUUCGAUUUCUUCUGAUCACUGUAAAUGUUUCUGCCAGUCAGAAACCAGUAAUGCAUUUAAGAAGAUUGCUAUUUGUCUACAGUGGUAAAGGAUAUAAAAUGUUGAUUUCAGUGGUAUUUUGUCUUCAAACGGUAACAAUUCACAUCUGCAUUAUUUCAUUUUUCUGUAGUUUUACCAGCAACUGUCACUGCAUCAGUAACUUUGAUGGUCUUUGGUACCAGGUACCCUUUUAAUUUUUGAGAACUGAUGGAUCGUAUUUUAUUCUAAAUGUGGAUGUUCAACCAGAGACGAACAAGUUUUUCUGAUAUGGUUGAUCAGAUAUUUUAUCAUUCCUUCAGCAAAA